CGGCCCCCGAGUUCCGCGCGGGCCGGGCUGGGGCGGGGCGUCGAGCCAGCUGAGCUAUCCGGUCAGACCGCGCCAGUUUGAAUGAAAGCUCCUCAAGAUGGCGGCGGCCGGGGCCGAGGCGCGAGGAGGAUAUGGAAUAUUAUCUUGUAAAAUGGAAAGGAUGGCCAGAUUCUACAAAUACUUGGGAACCUUUGCAAAAUCUCAAGUGCCCAUUACUGCUUCAGCAGUUCUCUAAUGACAAGCAUAAUUAUUUAUCUCAGGUAAAGAAAGGCAAAGCAAUAACUCUAAAAGAAAAUCACAGAGCUUUGAAACCUGCCAUUGCUGAAUACAUUGUAAAGAAGGCUAAACAAAGGAUAGCUCUGCAGAGAUGGCAGGACGAACUCAACAGAAGGAAGAAUCACAAAGGAAUGAUUUUUGUUGAAAAUACUGUGGACUUAGAGGGCCCCCCUUCAGACUUCUACUACAUUAAUGAAUACAAACCAGCUCCUGGAAUCAGCUUAGUAAAUGAAGCCACCUUUGGUUGUUCAUGCACAGAUUGCUUCUUUGAGAAAUGUUGUCCUGCUGAAGCUGGAGUUCUUUUGGCUUAUAAUAAAAAUCAACAAAUUAAAAUCCCACCUGGCACCCCCAUUUACGAAUGCAACUCAAGGUGUCAGUGUGGACCCGAUUGUCCCAACAGGAUUGUCCAAAAAGGCACGCAGUAUUCACUUUGCAUCUUUCGGACCAGCAAUGGCUGCGGCUGGGGCGUAAAGACCCUUGUGAAGAUUAGGAGAAGGAGCUUUGUCAUGGAGUAUGUCGGAGAGGUAAUCACAAGUGAAGAAGCUGAAAGACGGGGGCAGUUAUAUGACAACAAAGGAAUCACAUAUCUCUUUGAUCUGGAUUAUGAAUCUGAUGAAUUCACAGUGGAUGCAGCUCGAUAUGGAAAUGUGUCUCAUUUUGUGAAUCACAGUUGUGACCCGAAUCUUCAGGUGUUCAACGUUUUCAUUGAUAACCUCGACACCCGUCUUCCCCGAAUAGCAUUAUUUUCCACGAGAACUAUAAAUGCUGGAGAAGAGCUCACUUUUGAUUAUCAAAUGAAAGGUUCUGGAGAUAUAUCUUCAGAUUCUAUUGACCACAGCCCAGCCAAAAAGAGGGCCAGAACUGUGUGCAAAUGUGGAGCUGUGACUUGCAGAGGUUACCUCAACUGAAUUUUCAGGAAAUAGAACUGAUGAUGAUUAUAGUUUUUUCCCUAAUGUUGUUACCAUUUUUUAAAAAUAAGUAUUUGGGACUCUUUUCAUAUUAUCAAGAUUAUACACUAUGUUAAUUUACAAUUCGUGUUUCAAACUAUUGGCCAAAUGCAUUACUGAUGCUUCUGAAGAGAGUGACACAGGGUCACAUAGGCUAAUUUGAAAUAUACAUAUUCAGACUAUUUACAGAUCUGUGUAGAAGUCUGUGUGAAUAGAGAAAUGCCUCCUUCGGUGUUUAAGUUUUAAACUAAUGAUGUAACAGUCACUAAGAUCAAACAUUCGACUUGCCAUACACCUUGAAUUUAGAGAAAUAGAGUUAAUUCUUAUUGGACAAAUAUACAAGUUCUAUUUUUGUUAUUGUCAUUCCUGUUUACCUACUUACUACUCAUUGUACUUGUAUUUGAGACAAAUAGGUGAUACUGAAUUAUACUCUAUUUUCUACUUUCAUUAAAACAUUGAGAUCUUAAUGAUAUAGAAAUUUAAGGUCUAAAAUUAAAUGUAAAAAAAUUUAAUUACAGCUUGAUUUAAUAUUUUGAAGCAAUCUAGACCACUAGGAGCGGUGGAUGUCUGAACCAGUAAUUCUAAAAGAUUUUUUAAUCCCGUAGAAGAAAAAUAUCCAGAAUGUUCUCCCUAAAAUUCUAGAAUGGCUAGCUGUUAUGCUUCUUUGAAAGGAUGGGGCGGUUGGGACCAGGAGGGCUUUUUGGAGUGCCAGGCAGCGGAGAUGCAGCACUUUAAGGGCCCUCUUGAUAACAUGAAUGAGGCGAUCCACGCUGAGCAGCUCUGGUCUCCACAGUAAAACAGGAUACCCCCUGAGAGCAGCUGUACGUAACGAUAAUGUUCCACACGAUAAUUAACAUUACAUCUUCUGAAUUUCAGGUAAUUUUAACAUUUCCUUUCCACCAAAUUUAAUUAUUUUUAUAAUAAAUAAAGGGCCUGCAGGCCCUUCUUAAGAAGUGAUCUAUAUUUUGAACUGAUACUUAUUUUAUACAUGAACUUUUUUAAUGUGCUGAAGCUAAACUUGGCUUGGCCAAAGUGUGUGUCUGAAUUAUGACCAUUUAUUACUUGAACUAUGAAGACUGAAAUGGAAUAUAUUCAUUGUUUGGGGGUUUUUUGUUGUUGUUGUUUUUUCCUACGUAGUGAAACCUCAGUCCGGAAAAACGAUAUUUUCAUCUCUUUCUGAUCCUGGGACUUCUAAUCAUGGUGUCCAGCAGGAAGGCGAAUGCAGCAGAUAAGUCUAAAUCUUGGUAUUCUUAAUUAAGUUCUGCCAGAGCUCCCUGCCCGAGGCUUUAAUGACCUACAGUAAGCUUGGGUAAAACUGAACUGACUUUAAGAAAGCAGCACUUCACAUCUUAAUCCUUAACCUCUUUUUUGGGAGAAGCUACACUUUGUUAUAUUGCGAUCACAGGAUUUUGCUCUUUCAUAAUAUGGGGUAAAUUGUUUACAUGUUUGGAGCCUCAGAGUAUAUCUAUCUGCUCACCAAAAUUUGCCGAAGGUGUCAAGGAAAAAUAUAUAUUUUUAGUGCCAUUUUUUUUCUUUAUGAAAAAAUAGUCACAUGGUGUCAGUGGUAAAAAAGCGUCACAGGUUUACAGGCCAAACUUGCUUUGAAUUAUAAUUCUCACAGGUUCAAAGAUGUAAUUUUACCAUUCUUUUAAAAAAGUCAGUGUUUUACUGUCUAGUGUUUUGAUCUUGUUUACUCUCUGUUAAAGAAAUGUAAAGCUGGAGGACAAAGGGAGAAAGACUAUUUUCGGUAAACCCAUUUUGUCUUGUCCUUAUUAAUAGAAACGUAAUGAGCCUUUGAAAUUUUUAAAUACCUGCCUUACCCUUAAGUUGUUAAAAAGCUGAACUUAAGCAGUAAAAUGAUAGAAACUAUUUAAACGAAGCUGUUAGGAGCUUCAACUAUUUUAAGUCGACAUUUAGCUUCUUUAGUUUCCUAAGCUGUCAGAAUUUGUUCUCUCGAUAUAAAGCAAAUAUUCAAGGGUGAUAUUUAGAUCAAGUUGAAACUGUAAAUUAAUCCACUGUUCAAGUUGUAUUGGUACCAUUGUUUUCGGUAUCUCCAGAAGAGGAUUGUGAUACACAAUUGGUAAUCUCAGGGUUUUUUCCCCACAUACGCACAAAAUCUAGACUGCACUUACUUUUCUUAUAGUUCAACAGUUUCUCUCUAGCAAAAUAAAUUUAGUUUGGCAUUUGAUUUUCUAUUUAUCAUGGCUUAGCUUUAUUUCUGAAUAUUUUACUGUCAUUUCGAGUAAGGCUACAAAAAGGGCAGAAAAAUAUUGAUGUAUUCCUGACUACCUGUUAUUGAGAUUAACCAAAGGUUUAUAUACCAUUCCUUUAAAUGUUACUUUUGAGAAAGUCUAUUACUGUCAUGAUUCAUGCAUUUGAAUAUCAAAGUAGAAUUUUACACUUAGCAUAAGGUAGACGGAUACUUUUUUAAAUUUUUGAGCAUUAUUAUUAGUCACCAGGUACUUAAACAUAUUGUGCUAAGUACUGCCUGGAAGUACAGAGGAAUUUUAGAAUUAGAGCUAAUAAUCUUUGAGCAAGUCUUAAGCCCUUUACCCGUACUCCUGUGCUUCUCAUGAGUCUGUGAGGUCGGUACCGUCUUCCUUACAGCAGCAUACUGAAGAAACAGGCUUAGACUGGCUAGGGAACCUUAACAUCCCCAGGAUCAUAAACUAAACUUGACUACUUUUAAAAUAUUUGACCGACUUCAGGCAGACUGUUUUAAAAAAUCCAUUUCGACUGUUUGUUAGUUUAAACAAACUUCCAAGUCCUGGAUUCCUCUCUAAGGCAAAUGUAGCUAGCCACUGGGUUUCCUUUGUGACGUAUCUUGGUAUUUUGAAACUUUUUUUUCACUUCUUCAUACGUCACAGUUCUUGAAGUAAAAAUCAAGUAGCCACUGUAAUUAACCCUGCCCACUUCUAUGCUCUUUUUGAGAGGCAUUAGUGCAUAGUGGUUAAGAGCAUGGACUUGGGGGCCUGAAGUGCCUUGUCUGAGUCCUGGCUUCACCCCUUGCUAACUACACGAGCUCACCUCCCUGUGCCUUCGCCUCAUCUGUGAAUGGGGAUAGUAAGUGUACCUACCUCAGAGGGUGGCUGUGAGGAGGAAAGAGUGUGUAAAAGAAGAAUUCAGCAUUGUCACAGAGUAAGUACCGUACACAAGUAUUAGCUGUAGUUAUUCUGUACUAUAAACCUGUACUUUAAAAUAUUUGGUGGUCACUACAAGUUUUUUGAUCGAAGUCUGUUCUAGUGCUCUUAGCCCUUAAAUUCGUUCAGCCAGCGUUUAUUAUGCCAGACUUGCCUAUGAAACAACAAUGAAAAUGUGGCAGUAUGGAAUAUUAAAUUCAUGGUGAGAUUAUAAAAUGCUAAGAAUAUAUUCAGAAGAAUGUUUACAGGCAUGUUUUAAACACCCACCUUGGAUCAUAAGCUAUACUAUUUAAAAUGAAGUCUUAAAUGUCAGUGAAUAUAUACAAAUAUAUGUAGUAGUAACAUUUGAUUAUGUGAUGUGUAAUUAUGAAGUGUAACUAGUUUUUAGAGCCUAAAAUUAAAAAUGAAGUCUCUGGGUUCCUGUAAUAGGCCUGUUGUAGUUAUGAGUAUUGAACGUUUUGCAGUCCCCACUGGUUCUCUCCAGUGACUUUAUAUUCACCUUGAAUUUAGGUAAUGGUACUCAUAGGGGAGCUAGGCAAAAUGGAAUAAUAUAUAAUCCUGCCCCAAUCAUACUGAGUCUGUAGGGUGUAUUUCAUCAAAAGCUCAGGGUAGCAUCUGAGCUAGAAAAAAAGGGGUCAGUGUUCCCUUUAAACUUCACAUUCUCGCUUAUACACCUCUGCCCUCAGCUACCGUACUAUGCUCAGACCAGUCUCUGUUGGUGUACAUAUUAAUAAAACGUACUGUUGAGUUAUUUAGGGCAGAGACACUUGCUAUAAAUUGUGAUUCAACAUAUUCCUCAAAGAACAGUCAGAAAGGAGUUGCACCCUUACUCUCAGCCCUGACCCUUGAUAAUCACGUCGGUUCCUUCCCCUCAUCCCUCUCUGGUGCCAGUUUCUCAGCUGAAAUUUGAAGUGUAGUCGUCACUGUCCGGUUUUUCUCCCGUGUAAAUGGACGAGGGCUAAUUUAUCCUUCUGCCAACAUUUGGGAAUGGAAAAUUCCCUUCAGGACAAGUGAGAGGGCUGGCUUCCUGGGUCAACUUGACAUUGGUUCCCCUGAACACCCAGUUUAUCUUCCCUUCCCGCUGACUCUAAGUCUUGUAACCUUAAUUAGUUUUGUGGCUCCAGUAUUGAUUUUUGGUUUAAUUACAAUGCAGCAUGGUGAUAUUGCAUUUCAUUGUUAGUUUAAUUGAUCCGCAGAUUGUUUAGAGACUCUGCUUUUGCUUUCUUAAUCUAUGAAAUAUCAGCAAA